AUGGUUAUGGCAACGGCUGUCCUCGACAAUUACACCAACAAUGAACAUCAUACACAUGUCGCAUUGAAGAAACCCAUCUUUUUGGACUCUCUUCAGCAACAUGGCGUGAUUAAUCCCAAGCAGCUUAUUGGCGAUGCCCUGCACCAGCGUGUUCAGGCUAUCGACCAUGAGUUGUGCGACCCUGGCGAAGAAGACACCUUCUUCGUUGCUGACCUAGGCGAGGUCUACCGCCAGCACAUUCGCUGGAAGAAGAACCUCCCCCGUGUUCGCCCCUUCUAUGCCGUCAAAUGCAACCCUGACCCCCAAGUCAUCAAGCUCCUCGCCGAGCUUGGUACCGGCUUCGACUGUGCCUCCAAGACAGAGAUCGAACAGGUCCUCGGCAUGGGCCUCAGCCCCGACCGCAUCAUCUACGCCCAGCCCUGCAAGACCAACUCCUACGUCCGAUUCGUCAAGUCCGCGGGCGUCAAGCAGAUGACCUUUGAUAACGCCGAUGAGCUGUACAAGAUCGCCAAGCUCUUCCCCGGCGCCGAACUUUUCCUCCGCAUCAUGACCGACGAUAGCGAAAGCCUGUGCCGUUUUAGCAUGAAGUUUGGCGCUGCCAUGGACACCACCGAGAGCCUCCUCGCUCUCGCCAAGCAACUCGGUCUCAACGUCGUAGGUGUCAGCUUCCACGUCGGCUCCGGCGCCUCGGACCCCCUGGCCUACUACAAGGCUGUCCGCGAUGCUCACUUGGUCUUCCAGCGGGCCCAUGAAUUCGGGUUCAACUUGCGCACCCUCGACGUCGGUGGCGGCUUCAGCGGCGACUGCUUCGAGGCUAUGGCUGGCGUCCUCAGCGGCGCCCUGGACGAGUUUUUCCCUCCCCACAGCAACAUUGAGAUCAUUGCUGAGCCCGGCCGCUACUAUGUCGCCACGGCAUUCACCAUUGCCUGCAACAUCAUCGCUCGACGCACCGUCGAGGACCCCACUCUGGACGGCAAGGGCUACAUGGUCUACGUCAACGACGGCGUCUACGGCAACUUUUCCAACAUCAUGUUCGACCACCAGAACCCCAUCGCCAAGAUCCUCCGCGCCGGUGGGAAGACUCUCUACGAUACUUCGGCUGCCAACCCCACCCCCGUGGGCGAGGGCUUCGAGUACUCCGUUUGGGGCCCCACCUGCGAUGGUAUUGACCGCAUCACCGAGAGCACCCGUUUCGACCCCAUCCUAGAUGUUGGUGACUGGCUCUAUUUUGAGGAGAUGGGUGCCUACACCAAGUGCUCUGCCACUCAGUUCAAUGGCUUUUCUAACGCCCACGACGUCAUCUACGUCUGCAGCGAGCCCGGUGCCAUGGCCCUCCUUGGCCUCUGA